AGGGAACAAAUAAAAGCGGCCCAGUUGUUUAGGUCACUUCUCGUCGGUCCUGAUUACAGUCUGGCGCCAGAUAGCGGUGUGGCUGUGAUGAACGAUCAGCCGGCCUAUUAAAAAUAAACACAGACGGGAGCGAGUAGCUGUGGAAACUGACCCCAGAGCAGACAUGGCAGUGCAGGCUGAAGCGCUCGUCUCCGCGCAAUGGCUCGCGAACAUGGUGAAGCGCAACCUGGUCGGUCCGCGGCUGCGGAUCCUGGACGCGUCCUGGCACCUGCCCGUCACGGGCCGGGACGCCAAGAAGGAGUUCGCCCAGUCUCACAUCCCGGGCGCGUCUUUCUUCGACAUAGACGAGUGCACGGACAGGGACUCCCCGCUCGACCACUCGCUGCCGUCCGAGGAGUUCUUCUCGGAGUACGUGGGCAACCUGGGCAUCGGGAGUGACAGCCACGUGGUCGUGUACGACGCCAGCGACCUCGGCGCGUUCUCCAGCACCCGGGUCUGGUGGAUGUUCCGGCUGUUCGGGCAUCUGAACGUCGUGCUGGACGGCGGCUUCAGGAACUGGGUGGCGGAGGGUCACCGGACCGCGGCGCGCUCACAGCCCGAGUCAGCCGAGUUCACCGCCACCAUGAACCGCUCCUGGGUCAGGGCAUUUGAGGACGUCGCAGAAAAUAUCACCGCUCAGAAGUUCCAGCUGGUGGACGUGAGAUCCUACGGAAGGUUCCGUGGACUGGAACCGGAACCGAGAGAAGAUAUUCCUCCAGGCCACAUUCCUGGCUCUAAAUGCAUGCCUUUCGACAUGUUCCUGGGGGAGGAUGGCAAGAUGCUUCCCACAGAGAAGCUGAAGAAGUUUUUUGAGGAGUCCCAAGUGGAUCUGGGUAAGCCUCUGUGCGGGUCCUGUGGCUCCGGCGUGACGGUCUGCCACAUGGUGCUGGCUGCCCAUCUGUGCGGUGUCCCUGGCGUGCCGGUGUACGUCGGGUCCUGGUUUGAGUGGUUCAGCAAGGCUCCGCCCGAGCACAAACUCUCAGAGGCCAAAAACUAGCUUUAAGAAGGUGUACUGAAAUAACUGGACUUGAAUCAAUUCUCACACUGUGCAGCUGAACGACUCACUGUAGACUAGAAGACAUAGCAAGUUAAGCACGUUAGUAUUAUCGGUAUGCAGCUGUGCAAUGUGUGAAUUGUGAAUCAGCCACUAUGUCAGGAAAUACGUUUCCCUCGUGCCUUUUCAAAAGUAUAUCCAUUUGCAUUUUUGGAUAUACAAACAGGUGACAAAUAAAGGAAAACCCCAACAGCUAAAUGUCUUUAAAAGACCCCAGGCCACCGGUUCAGCUUCCAUGCUUAUUCUCAUCAGUAAUUUGAGUCUCUACAAGUAUGACGCAACCUUGUGAAAUCCCCAAACAAUGCUUGGUAAAAGUCCCAUUUAAUCCUGCUCCUCUAGAUGUACCGUAGCUUUAACACAUUAUAGCCAAAGACUGCAUUUCCAUUCAAACUGAUAGUAUAUCACAGACAGUUAGUGUCAGAUACAUGUGGCCACAGUUUUUUUGGGAAAAACUCGCACCAUGAUUUGCCUCCCAAGUUAUUAUGUACUCAUCUUUCUGGGUUUUUGUCUUAAUCUGUCACCUGUCUGUAAAUAAUUUCAUAAAUAUCUGAUUAUAGAUUGAGACCAAAAGUAAUUAUUGUUUAUUGCAUUUCACUGGUGCUGUGAUACAAUUGUGAAAUGUGCCUUUGUGAGUCAAGCUUUCCAUAUAUUGUACUCAAUGAUGCAGCUUAAAACACCUUAGUUACUGAAUACUUUAAGCAAGUAUGUGAUUGAAUAUGUUAUGCAUUUUUAACAUUCUCAAUAAACACAAAUAAAGGAAAAUAUCAGAGUAAGAGAAGAGUUCUUUCCCCUUUGUGUGUGAGGGAAACGGUUUGCAGCAGACAACAUCUUUGGAGAUUAGAGGACCUGUGUUAUUAAGAUAUAUUAUAAAUAUGAUUCCACUGAAUGCACUUUCCCAAUCAUUAACAUGAAACAAUGCAUAUUACUUCUUAAUACCAACUUUCCUAAGAAGUGAAAUGAGUAAAGAUCACAUUCAUAUUGAAGAUUCAUCAUCACUCUUAGAUUUUAGUUUAGUUUAAUUUUUGGUUUUUGAUUGCUGCAUUUCCAUCGGCUACAGAGUUACUUUGUUUCCAGUAGAUUAUAACUACAAUUUUUCUGUGACUAACAUUUGUUUAUGCUUAAAUUACACUUCAACACACUGGUACAAUAAUGUAACUGAGUUUCUGCUAUGAGCGCAAUAUUAUUGGGAUAAUGCUUUCAUGUUCCGGAUGGAGGGAUGGAUGAAAUAAAAUAAGAAA